UCACUUCCUCAAUAUCUCUCUCUCCCUCUCUCUCAACUGCCCUCAAAAUUUAGCAUGGACAGAUCACCAAGAAGAGAGCUCCAAGGCCCCCGCCCCACCCCUCUCAAGGUGCACAAAGACUCCCACAAGAUCAAGAAACCACCGCUGGCGCCCCUGCUACAUCCGCCACAUCCACAGCCUCAUCAGCACCGCCCACCAGUCAUAAUCUACACCGUCUCGCCAAAGAUAAUCCACACAAGCCCUAGUGACUUCAUGACACUAGUUCAACGACUUACCGGAUUGUCGUCGUCAUCAUCUUCUUCUUCAUAUUCUUCCUCAUCAAUCGAUCCAUCUACCAAUAAUAUUCCUUCAAACGAUUAUAGAAGCGGUGCAAUAUCACCGGCGGCUCGUUAUGCGACGAUAGAGAAGGCAAGGUCUCCUGAAGGGAAGAAACAGCAUAUUCAGGAUGUGGAAGGGAUAGAGAAUUCUCAUGGGAUUGAGAUGAUGGGUCCGUUGAUUCCGGGGAUAUUGUCACCGGGGCCGGCUUUACUUCCACCAAUCCCAUCAAACUAUUUCUCUCCAUCAUCUGAUCCGGGCCCGCUUAGCAGCUUCUUUCAUGAUCUAAGCCCUGUGCUUCAUGGGAGCAAGAAUCAUGUAGAAGGUAGUUUCUUGCCAAGUCCUUCAAACUUUAUUUACAUGACUUCCCCUACUACUCCAUCCAUGGACUUAUUCAACAAUUUCUUUGACUAUAAUAUUUGAUUAAUUCUCGGUUUCUUGUUUUUGUUCUGAGAGCGGAGAGAGAUAUAGAGAUCAUAUAGAUAUCAAUGGUGAAGAUGAUGAUAGAUUUAGGGUGCACUACUAUUCAUGGUGGUGGGGAUGUGUAGUUGGAAACUUCUUAAUGACAUUGUCUGCUUGUUUUAUGAAAUUUUUAAUUUUGUGGGCCAUUCUUCUGGGAAAUUUUGG